CCGACCUUCACUGGUGGCAUGUACUACUUGUGCAUGUGAGCACGCGAUAGGCACAAGAAUCUUGCUGACGCGUCUUCGUGACGGAGGAUCCAAGUUGUCCCAUUUGAAGUUGGGAUGCCUCGACUGUCAACUAUCCGACAAUGGACGAAGAGAGUACCAAACCCUAGCAUGCACUCACCUGGUACCCAAUUGUACGUAUGCUUCGAUUAUACUAAGCUCAUAGCAUCAGCAUCCUGGCUAUCUCAAGUCGCACCCGGUGGGAGACCAAAGCGACGGCUCCCUAAGCGAUGGGCAAGGAUGACCCGACGAAACUCUUCCGGAGACGUCUCGAGCGCUAAGAGCUAAGGUGACACCCGGGCAUUUCAGAUUGGCAUGCACCUCAAAUGGGUUGGUUGCGGCUGCCCCCUGUUCACACAAAACGUCAUUAAAAGUACGCAUACUGUAAGAGAUUCGAAUGCUGCGGCUCUCUGCCAUGUACGACUCGUGCGCCUCUUAGCGGGGGCAUUUGCUCGCUGGGUAAUUGUCUCCACAAAUCGAAUCGUCUCGGGACCUUUGCUUCCGUUUGAGGGGAGAAGGCUGUUUGCUCUAUUUCCCAGCAGCAAUACUGGGUUGAAACUGAUAUAAGGCUAGGUGGAACACGAGCAAGUUGCCGUAUAUCUCUUGUGGCUGCUAGUCCGCCAUUACAUAUGGUAUUCCCCCAUAGACAAACUCCAUGGACCUCCUCCCCCCUCCAUUCUCCUAGGACACAUUCCGGACAUUGCGAAGCGCGAUAGUCACAAGUGGUGGAGGAAUCUCGCCACCACAUACGGUCCUCUAGCAAAGUUGCAGGCUUUCUUUGGGAGGCGCAUGAUCUAUACUUACGAUCCGAAGGUUAUGCAUACAGUCCUCAUCAAGGAUGUUGAGUCCUUCCCGAAGAUUACGUCUGCCUACACCGACGUCACUUUGCUGCUUGGACCCGGUCUAUUGACAACGGACGGGGCGCAACACCGCAAGCAACGCAAACUCCUCAACCCAAUCUUCUCGAUAGCGCACCUCCGUGGCGUCUCGCAUAUCUUCUUCAAUAUCAAUCACAGGUUGCGGAAUGCAAUCGGAAAGCGUCUGUGCACGGAGGAAUGGCGUGUUCUAGAUAUAAACGGAUGGAUGGCCCGUACCACUCUCGAGAUGCUUGGCCAAGCAGGCCUGGGUCACUCUUUCGACAAUCUCCAACAGGACUCGACUGACUCAUACGGAGAGUCUCUGAAGUCGUUCUUCCCUGUCUUCAGUCGUAUACCCUUCCUACGUGUCUUCGUUAGCAUGUUUGCCGACUACGUCCCGGAACGGCUCACGCGCAAGAUUCUAGGGCUGGCUUAUCCGUUUCCUAAUGUGCUUCGCGUGCUAAAGCUUUCGGACACGAUGACCAAACGCGCGAAGGAGAUUGUCCACGAGAAGAAGAAGGCUUUAGAGAACGGCGAUAAAGCACUUGCCCAUCAGGUCGGAGAGGGGAAGGAUAUCAUGAGCAUUCUUUUGAAGUACAAUAUGGCCGCAUCUCAAGCUGAGAAGCUCACGGACGAAGAAGUGUUUGCUCAGAUGUCCAACUUCAUCCUCGCGGGCAUGGACACAACAUCAAAUGCGCUAUCUCGUAUCCUCAAUGUACUCGCAGGCAAUCCCGAGGCUCAAAACAAACUCAGGAACGAGAUUGUGGAAGCACGCGCCACUGUCGGAGAAGGAAAUAAUUUGGACAUUCCUUACGAUGUUCUCAUUAAGCUUCCCUAUCUCGACGCCGUCUGUCGUGAGACGCUGCGGCUAUAUGCUCCGGUCAACCUGAUUGGUCGCACCGCCAGACAUGAUACCGUCCUACCGCUGUCGUCACCUGUUCGCCAGAAGGACGGAGCGCUCAUGAAUGAGUUCAUCGUGCCCAGGGAUACAUUUAUCCUGAUGGAUCUGCUGGGUUUCAACACGGACAAGCAUAUCUGGGGCGAAGAUGCAUUCGAGUGGCGGCCCGAGCGUUGGCUGGAGCCUCUCCCUGGCAAGCUGACAGACAUGAGGGUGCCCGGAGUGUAUUCAAACCUGAUGUCAUUCAGUGGUGGUACGCGGUCCUGCAUCGGAUUCAUGUUCUCUCAAUUGGAGAUGAAGGUCGUGCUCGCCGUCCUUUUGCCUGCGUUCGCGUUCGACUUAACUGACCAGCCCAUCGUCUGGAACUCGGGCGCUGUGACGUACCCGACUAUGGGAGAGGAGAGCACGCGCCCGGAAAUGUUGUUGAAGGUCAAGGCUCUGGCUCAGGCGUCCUAGCACUAACCCAGACAGUCCGU